GCAACUCUUUCAGGGUCUCGGAGCCUUUCCUAAGAUGCGGAGCUGCAGUAAUAUGCUUUGUUGCACACAGCCUGUUCAUAAAGCCUAUUCACAUCUAUUAUUAUGGCUCGAACUUGUCAAGCUGAUGAUGCCUUGGAAAAACAAUUCGAGACCUUGCUGAAGCACCAGGCGGGCCCUGAGGUUGGGUUGCUUGUGGGCAAGCAUGCAACUGGUGCCAAGUCCCUGCUCUAUGGAACAAUUCGGACACCUAUCCAGGAUGGAUUUGACCCAAUUGCGAUAUCUGGCGUCUCCGAUGGCAGCAGCGGCGCCGGCGCCAGCAGCAAGGCCAGCAAGAAGGCCAGCGGCCGGACUGGUGGCAGUGGCGCCCCAUCAGGUGGCGCGGCCGUGAGCCUGGAGGUGGAAUGGAUUACGGAACACGCCCGCCAGGUCGCCCGGAUGCUGCCGGGAGUCAUCACAUCACCCAGUGCCUCGGGCGGGUGCCUGGGGCGGAAGGGAGGGCAGGGGCCCUGCGGGGCCCUGCGCCCUGAUCAGCUCUGCGGUCUACUCGCCGGCCUCGCGUCCUUCUGCCUGCCAUCCAGACAUCCGGUGGCGCCAGCCGCAGCCACCCACACCACCGCUAGCGGCGGCGACGAGCAGCAGCACCUGCUGCUCCUCCAUAUCGACGCGUCUUCUAGGCGACAGGCACUGCGCGCAUUGGCUGUCUCCGCCGCUAGCGCUGCGGUGUCGGCGCAAACGCUGCGGCCUGUGGAUAUGCGGUUUGCCCCCGUACUGGGCAGUUUGGUGCUGUUGCGCUGCUGGCACGGAGUGGACUUGGCGCUGCCUGUGGCGGCGGCAUCAGCAGCUGCCGGAGGCGGUGGGGUUGGCGGCGGGGGGAGCUUGGCAGCAGCAGCCGCAACAGGAGGAAGAGGAGGAGGCGGAGGCGGGGGUGUAGAGAUGCGGCGGCAGCUGGCGGCGCUGGUGGCGGGGGAAGCAGAGCGCAUUAGGUUGGUUCGGUUGUCCAUCAGCCUUCUAAAUGCCUUUGUAAAGGCUGAAGCCAUGCGGGGCGUCUUCGUCGCAGGAGACGGAGACACCCUUCCGCCCGACUCCGCACCCGUUGGGGAGGCGUUGUCGGCUUCCGGAUAUAACUCUGGAUCUGUAUCUGGUUCCGGCCCUGUUGCCGUCGUCCUCCGCGUUCCUACCUUCGACCUGACCUUCCUGGCGCCCCCGCUUUGCCAGCAGCUCGACCCCGUACCGCAACACCACUACCACCACCACCACCAUUACCACCAACGGACGGAGCAACAACCACAACAUCAAGGAGAAGAGCAGCAGGAUUCAGCUGAUGCGGGUGCGGGUGUGGGCAGUCCAGACUGUGGUAGUGGUGGUAGUGGUGGUGCGGUGGCGGUGGUGGGUCAGGCGAGACUGCGCGGCUGCAUUCAGGGGCUGGCGCUGGUCAAUCGGAGGGAGCUGGUGGGUAGGGCGGUGGCGGAACUAAAGGGCGGUGCUCUGGCGCUGUGUGAUUACUUGCUGGAGGGGGAGCUGGCGGAGGCGGCUGCAGAGAGGGCGGCGGAGCUGCUGGCGCUGCGGGAUAGCCCCCAGGUGCUCGAGUACGAGCAGCCGGCAACGGUGGCGGCGGCGGCGGCAUCAGGGCCCUGGCGGCCCAAUGCCGUACCAGGCGAGGAGCUGCAAGCCGGCAAGGCCAAGACUAAGGCUAGCACUGGCGGCGGCACCGCGUCCUCCGGGUCGCUGGUUUCGGGGCUGUCGUGCAGCGGCACUGUGUUGGCGAGCCUGGCCGUGGCGGCAGUUGCAAGUGCGGUGGGGAUGCUGUCCCUUCUGGGCCCGCAGAGCAGCCAGUAGUAGUCGCGGUAGCGGCACCUGUGGAUUGGCGCUAGGGGAGAGGGGGAACGGGAGGGUGAUGGAGGCUUAAGCGCCUUACACCGACUGAGGAGGAACCGGUCUUGUAGCUCUUGGCAAGUACAGGGGCCUGUGCCUUGUCCUCUUUUGCACCGUGCGAGUCGCGGCGGAAGUGAGGCACACAUCCAGCCAUGGGGGUUUGGAAGACCAGGCGCGCAAGAGCUGCUUGCUCUGCGGAGCAGGGAUGUUGGUAUUCACAUGGAUGUUGAUAUCUUGCAGUGUAUUAUGUGCACGUGCGGAACGGAAGGCGGGGUGGAGUGGUGCCCUCCAUACAACCAUCUCGUGUGGAAAGGAUACUCCAGGUAGGUAAGAAAGAAAGAGAGGCGUCAGGCUGCAGUCGCAAGGUGUAAGAUAUGGCUAAGGCAACAGCUAGGAGCCCCUAAACAGGGCGAAGGUUUGGGGGGUUUAGGGGUUUAGGGUUAAGGUUUUAUUUAACCCUCUGCAGUGGUUGGCACCCUCUACUGCAAUGUUAGCUUCAGGAAUCGGUUCCCCAAUUUUGCGCACUCGGGGUUUGGUUCCCGUGACUAACUCCCAUGACCAACACGCCUGCGACUAUGACUGUUCUUUUUUUAACGGUGGACGGACGCGGCAAGAACGCGGAUUGAUACGUGAUGUUUCGCGUCGUCAAGACUGGCGUUUCAGUUGCUGGUGUGCACACGCUGAUUGGUAGUGCAUUUGGGCUGUAGCCCUUGGGGCUGCGGUGUAGAUGUUGCACACAAUCACUCGACUGUUACACCUUGGCCCUCG